CCUCGCCCAGCGGAGACCCCUCCCUAUCUGGACCCUGGCCCCACCGCCGGAAGUUAACUGAAGCCUCGUGUAAAUGCCCUAGGGGUGUGCUGUUGAGAGGGGCACAGCCCCCUGUGAUGUGGAACACCACUCUCAGACUCAUCAGUUCGGGUUGCCUGAGGCCUUGCCGCCCCUCGGACCAUGUUUAACGGGGAGCCGGGUCCGGCCUCGGCCGCGGCCUCCAGGAAUGUGGUUCGGAGCUCCAGCAUCAGUGGUGAAAUCUGCGGCCCCCAGCAGGCUGGGGGUGGGACCGGGACCACCACGGCCAAGAAGCGGCGCAGCAGCCUUGGGGCCAAGAUGGUGGCCAUCGUGGGCCUGACCCAGUGGAGCAAGAGCACGCUGCAGCUGCCCCCGUCUGAAGGGGCCACCAAGAAGCUGCGCAGCAACAUCCGGCGGAGCACAGAGACGGGCAUCGCGGUGGAGAUGCGGAGUCGGGUCACACGCCAGGGCAGCCGGGAGUCCACAGAUGGGAGCACCAACAGCAACAGCUCCGAGGGCACGUUCAUUUUCCCCACCACUCGGCUUGGGGCUGAAAGCCAGUUCAGUGAUUUCCUGGAUGGGCUGGGGCCAGCCCAGAUUGUGGGGCGACAGACAUUGGCGACGCCACCAAUGGGGGACGUGCACAUUGCCAUCAUGGACCGCAGUGGCCAGCUAGAGGUGGAAGUGAUUGAGGCUCGGGGCCUGACCCCCAAACCAGGCUCCAAAUCCCUCCCAGCCACCUAUAUCAAGGUUUACCUGCUUGAGAACGGGGCCUGCUUGACCAAAAAGAAGACAAAGGUGGCCAAGAAGACCUGUGACCCCCUGUACCAGCAGGCUCUGCUCUUCGACGAGGGGCCCCAGGGCAAGGUGCUGCAGGUGAUUGUUUGGGGAGACUACGGCCGCAUGGACCACAAAUGCUUCAUGGGCAUGGCCCAGAUCAUGCUGGACGAGCUGGACCUGAGUGCCGCGGUCACGGGCUGGUACAAACUCUUCCCCACGUCCUCAGUGGCAGACUCUACACUUGGAUCCCUCACCAGGCGCCUGUCCCAGUCCUCCCUGGAGAGUGCCACCAGCCCCUCGUGUUCCUAAGGACCUCAGAAGAGGCCGGGAUGCAGUGUGGGAAGGGGCGCCUGAUGCCCCCUCCCCGCCCCCUGUACAUAGUCUUCGUGUCUCUCUGGACCCCUUGCCCUGCUGCAUGCCCGUCGGCUACUGGGCCCACCCCAACUGGCAGCGGAGACUAGUGUGUGCGUGCGUGUCUGUGUGUGUGUGUGAUCAUGUUCUAUCUGUUCACGUGUCUGGGUAUAGCCAGUCUUGGUGACUACAUGAGCUAAAAUCCACAUCUCUCUGUGUCUUGUUGAAAAGAAACCCAAAGGA